AUGAAGCGUGUAGCUCAGAGUGCCCUUAUCGCACGGUCGUGUGGGACAUUUCUGUGCUCGAGGCGAUGCAGCUUACUUGAACACAGGACGAAAGGCUCCAUGUUCAUGAAGCAUUUAGAUUUAUAUGCUAGACGGGAUCCCCAGCUGGCUCCUUACUUGCUUAGGGAAGUUGACAUAGAAUAUAAGAGGAGGUGUCGAAAGGUCUCGUUUUGUGCAUGGAUAUGCGUAUUUACCGCUGUAACUGCAGUGCAAAUUCGUAUGCAAAGUGAGCAGUUGCACUACAUGCGUUUGUACGCCGAUUGUGUAGAAGCUGAGCAACGCGCUAAGGAUGAGGAUGGGAUCCGGCGAAGGAAGGCACUUGUUGCAUUGAUGAACGUUGCGAAAGAUGCAUUCGGUCGGAAUCAGUCAUGGGGUAAUGAAGAUCAAGAAAAGGCUCUCAAAGAAUUGUGA